AUGGAUGAUGAACACGCCGAGUCAUCAGCGCCACGGAGACGCAGACCAGCACUGUCCUGUACGAUUUGCAGGCGUCGCAAGCUGAAGUGCGACCGAUCGCUCCCCUGCGGCCAAUGUAGCAAAAGCAAAACGCCGGACUUGUGCGUCUUCUCUGCACCAAAACCAUCUUCGAGUGCUGCAUCCGGCUCCAUUAUUGCGAGUUCAUCCUCCGAGCAAAGACAUGCACUGAGCGACGAAGCCAGCUCCGUGGGAAACGGACUUUAUGUGUUUGACUCCAAGCAUCGCGUUACCAAGCCUCGUGGGCGGCAAGAUGAACUACAAGAACUGCGAAGUCGCGUGCAGAUGCUGGAAUUAGCUCUUGCUAGAGGCAAUUCAGUUCAACCACCCGAAAGCUCAGCCUACGACUAUGUGUCGGAGCGCGCAGUCCGACCGGGCCCAGAUCCCAUCUCGGAUCAAGUACGGAAUUUACCUGAUAGAGCUUGCUUCCGUGGCAGAAACGGUCGCACACGUUAUCACGGACGUUCUAGCCCGGACCUAACAUUGACGUUCCUCCAUGACGUACUGGCGUUUCUUCAAGGCCGUAAGAAAGAUCUCAAGGCUGAAGGCUCUGAUUACCAAAGGAUGAAAAAGUUCAGGUUUGAACUGAAGUCUCGCGAAUCAGAAUACCAGGGUGAGGUGAAGCGAGGAAUGCCUGCCUCACUCAAGGAGAUGCUCCCACCGCGGAAUAUCACAGAUGAACUGCUGAACCUUUACCUAACGACAUUUGAGACUACAUAUCGAGUCUUGCAUGUUCCAAGCUUUCUCAAAGAAUACGAGGCCUACUGGGCAGAGCCCGAGGCUGCUGACACAACCUUCAUUGCAAAGCUGCUAGCAUUGAUGGCUGCAGCAAGUUGUUUUAUUAGCUCUUCGACUACGGUCAAUGGUAAUGAUACGUUACAUGAUGUUGCUGUCACUUGGAUGCUCGGGAUUCAAUCCUGGAUUGGGUCUUUGUUCAUGAGUGCCACAGCCAAGUUUGACAUUAUGCAAAUACAGUGUCUCUUAAUGAUUGCGCGACAAGCGCUGGCUGUCGACGGUGAUGUCGUCUGGCUUACCUCAGGCUCACUCAUUCAUUCAGCCACGAUAAUGGGGAUGCAUCGAGAUCCUACACGUUUCCCCAAGAUGACACCAUUUUGGGCGGAGAUGCGUCGUCGGCUAUGGGCCACGGUCUUGGAGCUAGAUUUGCAAGCGUCCAUUGAUGUUGGGGUUCCGCCGUCCAUUGACCCCGACCAGUAUGACUGCGAUCCGCCAUCGAAUUUGGAUGAUUCGGAUCUCACCGAGGAAAUGCUGGAGGCUCCUAUGGCAAAGGAUAGAACAAUAUUGACCCAGUCCAGCUUCCAGACUAUGCUUUCUCAGUCAUUUCCGUUACGGGUGCGCAUCGCUAAGGCCGUGAACAGUUUGCAAUUUACAUUGCCAUAUGAUGAAGCGUUGCGUCUUGGAGAAGAUCUUGUGCGAUCCAUGAACGAGGCUCUGAUACCGUUUCCUACUCCCGCCUCGGACGGGGUCGCAUCCUUCGCGAGGUCGUUUAUGCUCUUUCUGCUACACAGGUCGCUUCUCAUUCUGCACCGGCCUUUCUCCUUGAGUAUCUCUUUGUCACCCAAAUAUUCUUACUCCCGCAAGGUUUGUUUGGAGUCAUCGUUGGAGAUGCUUAACCAGUUCGAGUCACCGCUACCCAGCUUGCAGUCGUCUCGAACACCUUGCUUAGGGCAUAUUGGUGGUGGGAUGUUCCGCGAAGAGUGUGCUCAUGCUGCUACAACGCUCUGCAUAGAGUUGUCUCUACAGUUUACAGAAGCAGGGUCAAACUCAGCACCUUCAAUGCAUAGUGGAUCAUUAAAUGACAUAGUUCGGUCCCAGCAGGAAGUCUUACUACAUGUUCUGGAGCGAACUCAGGAAAAUUUUGGCAGUCGGAUAUCUCCAAAAGGAAAUGGCUGCAAGGUCUUCGUCUUCACGAGCAUGGCCCUGGCGUCUAUCAAAGCGCGGCUGAAUGGCGAUGAUCCUUUGAAGAAAAUCGAGGAGGCUGCGCUGCGAGCAGUGAAGACAUGUCAUCACGUCAUCCGAGGUUUGCCUUAUGAGGAUUUCCAGGGUCAGCCUGAAAGCGACUUAUCGGAUGUUGGACCGUCCGCUAUACACACACCCGACUUUGGCUCUUCGACAUCUGAGUUCUCAUUUGAUCCCCUGUCGAUGCUGACCAGCAACCCGAACGAUUUCUCGCCUCUCGACUUCAACAACAUGUUUGAUCCCUCCUACUACAAGAUACCGGAACUUUGGGACCCCAAUUUCCUUGCGCUUUGA